AUGCUAUUUUAUACAUUGUGUCUUGUUGUAAUGGUCAGUGCAAGUUGCGGUAUAUCGGAUUGGAUUGAAUUUGAAGAUAGUUUAUUUCUGGAUGAGGUAUCUGACGAUUGUCUAAGCGAUUAUGAUCACUGCUACGAGAGUGACCAAAACAUACAAAAUCUUUUCGAGGCCUCGUACGCACCGGAUAUAAUGCAUGUGCAAGGAAAUGAACAGAAAGCUAUGAUUUGUGAUAAUUUUAUAGUAGAAAUUGUCAAAUCGACGGUUCAAGGGCAAUAUGAUGUGAAAGCCGACAGAGGCUUAGUUUCGUUCCUUCAAGAUGUACAGAAGAACUUGGAUGAUGGUGUAAUCGACACCAGGGUCUACGUGUACAUCGCUAAAAGAAUGUAUAGUAAAUUGUUGGGUCAUACCACGGAUAAAAUAUUUGAGCUUUCUCAAGAUGAUUUCUUUGUAAGGUACAAAGCGGAAGAACUGGAGAGCCUGCUAAGUAGGGCAAUGUCGGCUGACAGUUUUUUACGAAGUGAAGGAGUGUUAGUUUUGAAAAAAAUGUUGGAGAAAGUCCAAGAAACAUUGUCAUAUCGCACAAGACAAAUGUAUAAAAAUGGAAAACGACCCAUGUACCGUUAUUCCUAUUAUAAUGACAAACAGCCUGAAAUGCGGUUGGAAGUGGUUGACAUGUGGUUAGAAUGCCUCAAAAGAACACUCUUAAUUCUUAUCGAUAAUUGGAAACCGGAGGAGUUAAUAAUCAAGGAGCAGGGAUACAAAAUGGCAAAACUUGGAGUUCUUUUGGAAGCUGGUCCAGAGAGUGGGAAAGUCAUAUGGGUACGUCUGCUGGGAAAAGCUGAAUUGUUCGAUCGAAACAAUAGGGUCAUCGAUAACAAAAAUGGAAAAAAAAAUGCUGCGAGCAAAGAUGCAAAAAAUGAAACAAAUGAAACGAAAAGCGGUUGUUUGCGGCCAAUAACUCAGAGUAAUAACGCACCGAAAAUCGACCGCCCUGUCGUGUUGGGAUUAGCUGAUUCCCCAAAAAGGUGUUUUAACUCAGGAAUGGAACAGAAUGAUACAUCGAGAACUCAAUUAGCAGAUAAUAAGGGAACAGUGCUGAAAAAGAAAUCAUUGAAAUGGUCUGACAGACUGAUAACUGGUAGUAAUCAAAGUGGAUCAAGUACUGACAGUGCGUAUCAUAGUACAAAUAUUGUUCGUACCGAUGGCAAUCAUAGUGCUGAGAACCUAGGGCCUGCCUCUCUAUCCGGUGAAGACGCAAUCACACAUGUGAGUGGGGACACUAGCACAGAUGGCAAUCAUAGUGCUGAGAACCUAGGGCCUGCCUCUCUAUCCGGUGAAGAUGCAAUCACACAUGUGAAUGUGGGCACUAGCACAGAUGAUAUAAGGAUGAGUAGUGUUACAGAUCAGCCGGUGGUCCAUGGAACAACCAGCAACGGAGCGAACGAUUCAUUACUUGCUCAUACGAAUGUAGGGUCCGAUGGUACCCCAGGAAUGCCAGGGAGGCCUGAAACUCCUGAUGCAGACACUACCAAUGGUGCAUCUACUCUCGUUGACGAUUUACCGGAUAGACCCGCUUCAAGUUUGUAA